AGCGUCCUGGCGCUGCGGGACCUGGCGAGCGCCCGGCCCGGGCGGCGGGGCCGCGCCGAGGCGGCCCAGAAGGAAAAUAUAUUUGAUCGAUCCAGGAUGGCCCCAAAGACUCCCAUUAAGAAUGAACCAAUUGAUUUAUCGAAGCAAAAAGGCUGCACACCAGAAAGAAAUCCAAUUACACCUGUUAAGAUCACUGACAGACCUCAGCCUGAUCCUUGGACUCCUACUGCAAACCUGAAGAUUCUUGUUAGUGCUGCUAGUCCUGACAUGAGGGACAGGGAAAAGAAGAAAGAGCUCUUCAGACCCAUAGAAAACAGUGAGCAGAGUGACACACCUGAUUCAUUACAGUAUGAUAUAGUAGAUGACAGCACGGUUGAUGAAUUUGAAAAGCAGAGGCCCAGCAGAAAACAGAAAAGCUUAGGACUCUUGUGCCAAAAGUUUCUAGCUCGCUAUCCAAAUUAUCCAUUGUCAACAGAGAAAACUACCAUUUCUUUGGAUGAAGUGGCUUCAAUUCUUGGAGUUGAGCGGAGACGAAUUUACGAUAUCGUGAAUGUCCUGGAGUCAUUGCGGUUGGUCAGCCGUGUGGCCAAGAACCAGUAUUGCUGGCAUGGCCGCCACAACCUCAGCCAAACUCUGAAAAUGCUUCAGCAUGCAGGAGAGCUGCAGUAUGGAGAGUUAAUGACCUCCCAGCACAAGGAGCAGGACUUGGAUUACAAAUUUGGAGAACGGAAAAAGGCAAUCAUUCCAGAGUCUCAAGACAGACCAUUACUGGACUUUUCAGAACCAGAUUGCAUCUCUGCAUCUGCAAACAGCAGAAAGGACAAGUCAUUGCGGAUUAUGAGCCAAAAGUUUGUCAUGCUGUUCCUUGUCUCCAAGACCAAGACAGUCACUCUGGACAUCGCAGCAAAGAUAUUGAUAGAAGAAACCCAGGAUACAGUGGACCACAGCAAAUUUAAAACUAAGGUACGAAGACUGUAUGAUAUUGCCAACGUUCUCACCAGCCUAGGCUUGAUCAAGAAAGUCCAUGUCACAGAGGAACGAGGACGCAAACCAGCUUUCAAGUGGAUUGGGCCUGUGGAAUUCCCUGAAAAUACUGAUGAGCUGAGGGGGCAUAGCCCAACAUCAGAUCCUCUGCCAGAGACACGGAGAGGAGCCUGUGCCCGGUACCGGACCAGUGCCACUGCAAAGCAGAGGUUUACACGUCACGCUUCUUUUAACAGUGCACAGCCUUAUGUAGCAACCAGAAGGAAGGUCAGUUCUGAGCCUAACAGCCCACAUCAAGAGAGGAAAGACUGUACUGUGAAUUCAGAUGAAAAUUGUUCCAAAAUGAUAAAUCUAGCAGCUGUCUGCAGGCAGAAAAUAGAGGAAGAUACUGGGAAUAAAGCUUGUGACACCGAAAAGAUACUAAGUUCAGGAAAGAAGUCCAACCUGACCUUACCUGUCUCCCUUCUUCCAGUUUCUGGGGACUCUGAUUUUUGUGUUAACUCUUUGCCUCAGGCAGUUUUCCCUGUGGUUCAGGCCGAUGUGCCAAGCUUCUCACUACCAAUUGGCAUCAGCAGCCAGGCUUCACACCCUUCCCUGCCAGCAGCCUCCAAAACAGAAAAUGGAAAACCUACCCUGGUCCCCAACCAACCCUUCCUGUGCUUCCCAUCUUCAUCCCUUUUUAUGUUGUGCGGUGGUCUUCAGGAAAAUAACUUGAGUGAGCCCCUACCCACUGCAGGAGACCUGGGAAGCAGGAGUGCAGAAGCUCAGGCUGCCACACCUCCCACUGUCUGCCAAAAACGCAGCUCCCAAAAGUGUUCAUCACCUUCUCCACCUGUAGAUGAUGAAGAGCCAGCUGCUAAAAAGCAGACAUUGGAGCACAGUGAUCUGCCCCUCUCACUUGUAGUACCCAAGAAACCUUCUGAGUCACCCAAAGCAGAAUCUUCCCCAGGAGGAGGCUGUUCAGCUGCUGUACAUCUAGAAACGAAUUGUCUUGAUCUUGCAAGUCCUGCUGCUCCAGAGACAGCAAACAAGGAGUCUACUAAGCCUUUAGAGCAAGGAAAACAAUCUCAGAAAAAAGAUCCUGAUGACCCACCUCCAGGAAAUGAGCACAUCUCUAAAGAAAAUGCCAAUCACCAUUUCCAGCCACAGUAUCUUUAUGUUCAACCUACAGCUGGAUUAAGCAGUUUUAAUUUCCUGUUCUCUGCAAACCAAGCCUCUGGUGCCAUGAGCCUGCCUGCAAACCAGUUGCCUUCUCUAAGCGUACCCUGUGUCAUGGUGCCAUCAGCAGCCUUGGCUUCCUUCCCUCUCGUCUGUUCUUCAUUCACCAGUCCUCUUUCCCCAGUUCCUGACAGCUCCUUCUCAGCUGCUGUCUCCACGAAUUUCAGUAUGUCUGGCCUGGCAUCAACCACCCCCGUGUUCAUGAGCACCUCAGCCGUUGUCACCCCCAAGGUCUCACCCGCCCUUUCGGCGGAUCCACAGCAGCCAGCUCACCCCGCUCUGCACCUGAGUCCUGUGCUUGCAAGAUCUUGCAGUGCUGUUAAGCUGGACUCCCCUGUGUGUAUGGGACACCCGGUGACCCUUCUGAAGCUGCAGCAGCCUUCGUCAGCUCCUCUCACUCCCAAGAAUAUUCGUCCUGCACAUCAUGAGGCAUUUUUCAAAACUCCUGGAAGUCUUGGAGACCCUGUGGCAUGGAAGAAAAAUGAAGGCAACCAGACCAGAAAUGCCAGCUCUGUGCAGAGGAGACUGGAAAUCUCUAGUACCAGCCCUGACUAAUUCCGCUCUUUGCAGAUUGUCCUCGGACCCUGUAUCAAUUACAAGAGAACAAGUUCUUACCUGGCAAG